UUUUUAGAAAGAUGAGUCAGCGUUAUCCGUCUUCGACGACAGCUACGCCUCAACGUCGACCACUGAACCCGGAGAAUGUUCCAAAUGUUUUUCUUGGCGUCGCGAUUCAGAUUGCUCGAAAGUUCCUUUUUAUCGAUCCGAGGAGAAAAGCGCUGGCAUGCUUAGCAUUCGUUUCGCUUCUUUCAAUGAUUGGCUCUUUUAUCACUCUCGAUGAUAGUUACUAUCUCGUCCAAAAGCACAGUAUCCUUAACCAAUACGGGGUGAAACUAGGAUGGAUGUGGACGUGUUUUGCUGUAGGACCCUUCAUAUGGUUUGCUUCAAGGGCGCAUCAUAGGGACAAAGACAAAUCCGUCAUUGACAUACUGCGACUCGCAGUGGCCACAGGCGUCUGGUAUAUAAGCGUGGGAUUAUUCCAUCGCAUAACAGAAUGGACUUCAAGAUGUGAUUUGAGCGUGCGUUAUUCGCGUAUGCUGUGCAAAGAAAAGGGAGGUGUAUGGAUACCAGGUUUUGAUGUUUCUGGUCAUUGUUUCCUGUUGAUUUACAGUAUGCUAGUCAUGGCAGAAGAGGCUAACGCAUUCCGCGAAUGGCAUCAAGUCGCUCAUCGCGAUGAUGAUGCUGGGUUGCUAAUGCGAGAGAAGCAGGAACGGCGAACUAGGCUGGCUCAGUAUUUUAUCGUUGCGAUGUUGAUUCUCAACAUUAUCUGGAUCAAGCAGUUGAUCAUCUCCAUUCUCUACUAUCACAUAAUGAUUGAUAAGGUUGUCGGCGCAUUAGUAGCUAUCUUUUGGUGGUACCUCACGUAUCAUGUGCUCUAUCCAGCCGGUUUUCUACAGCCACCAAUCCAUAGGAUGAAGCCUAAUCCAUCCGUGCGUAAGCGAUAAUCUGUCAUCGAACUGUUGAUCCUAGAUACUUUUUUACGAACAGUUGGUUUUAUGUUGUUUCACUGUCUGCCAUUUUCUUUUCUAUACCUGUUUUUGGG